UUGUAAUUACCAACCUAAUUAGCAGGCAUUCUCUGCACUCUACCUAAUUAGCUCGUGGAUGCUCAGCCCAUUCACGCCUGUGAACCACAUUCACAGUUACGUACGGAGUAGCAGCCAAACUACCUACUCACUCUGGUGUUCGGCCACCUGACACAGAAGGCCCAUGGCGAUUGAUGGGCCAUUGCACCACCAGCCGCGGGCAAUGGGCCCACGACAAUUCCCGCAGCACCACCAGGACAUGCCAUGAUGCCACCAGGCACAACGAUAACCGUCGCCCCCCCACAGGUCCCUGGUCUCUGGAAACUCCGGCCGGCACUGCAUGCAACCUGGGGCCGGGCCUGGGCCGCCCCCAAGUCGCCCUCUCGGGCGACAACUUUGCAUCUGGUUUCCCCAUCAUUAUCAUCUGUCCCGUUGCCCGAAUUGGAAGGCCGGCGUUACUGGGGAUGCAGCGACUGCAGCGACUGCGACCACGGGUAUCGUCUUCCUGGUGGAUCCCCCCCCCAAGGCACGCUAAUUCCCAGGCACACAUCUGCACUGGGAGUGUGAAGUACCGAUAUUAUACCAUCAUGCUAAUAAGAGGGGCCGUCGUCGUCUCCUCUGCUGCCAGCGCAUCUUUGUUUGGGAGAUCAGCAAUGCUGACUUGGUGACUUGGUGACUUGUUUGGUAAUAAAUGUGGAUAUCGCUGCCCCCCUGGCGAACCACAGACUCGGCACGCUGGGCGGGUGUCUAAAACACUGACACUGACACGGCAAAAUUUUCGCUGGCAACGCUACCGCAAUACGCAUUGGAUGAGCGCGGGAAUGGAGGCGGAAAUUGGGCAUCCGAUGUUGCGUUCUGGCGACCCGGCGACAAUCGCUCAUGCGACGCUGUUAUGCAAUCACGACAGUGACCAUGAUUGAUCCCGCCGCAAGCGUGGGCAUGGCGUGCCGGUAGCUCUGGAUGGUC